CUAUGUUAUUUACGUGUUUGGUUUGAAAACAGAAAUAGUAAUUGAAAGUAUAAAAAAAUUAGUUUCAUCAUCAGUCGCAGCUAAAUUUUAUUUUAAAUCAAUUUAAGUGUAGCGAAGGUUUAGACCACAAUUUACGUUGUGAGCAAUCAUGAGAACCGUCCGGCAAAACAUAAAAAAAAGCGCCCCCUUACAUAAUUCGAUAGGUCCUAAUCACUGGUACAAAACACAUCCAAAUGCAUCUGGCAAUAAACAGUCUCCAGUGGACAUAGUUCCAUCCUUAGCCAUACCAGAUGCAUCGCUCUUCCAAAACCAGAUCAGAUGGAGCUACCAUAAAAAAUAUUCUAAAACGGUAGUCAACAGUGGCCACGGAUGGACAGUUGAAUACGUCAGCACCAAAAACUAUUUUGAAGGCGGUCCAGCUGUUAAUAGAUAUAUUUUGGAUCAGAUACAUUGUCAUUGGGGAAAAAGUAACGAGCGAGGAUCAGAACAUACUAUCAAUGGUUAUCAAAUGGCUGCAGAAGUAAGCAUUACAAUUUUCUUGAAUUUGCUGUCUGGUUGUUUGUUAGUUUGAUUAACAGCCAUCAACAUCCUUUGUAAUAUCAAAAUUAUUACAUAUCAAAUAGGAAAUCAUCAAUGUUUAUUGGUUUAUAUUAACUGGGGAAUGAAUUUUGGACCUUCUUGUCCCUCACUGACUCACAAUUUUGAUGAUCCAUUUUUGAAAAACAACCGGUAACUUUUAACCACAUAACCACAGAUGUUAACACCACUAGAACCAUAUUUUCCACUUUCAAUCAUCUGAAGUUU